AUGUCAGUUGUCGAAGAGGAUCUCCUUCUCCACGAAACGGACGAAAAUGGCUUUGAGCAGCUCACGGUAAAUUUGAAAUUUUUCACGAUUCAGUUGAUAAAAUUUCUAGGCCAUUGACGAAGAUCUGCUGUUGGGCGCUGGCGACGUCGCUCGCAAAUCGAUUCAGGAAUCGGUCGACGACGCUCCGACCGUCACUGCCCCUGUUCCCGAGCAUGUAAGUUUCUGUCGUUUUCAGAACGUCCCAUUUACCUUCCAUCCUCAAUUUUCAUAUUUAGUGAGUAGUGGUGUUUCGAUUUUGCACUUUCCCUAAUUUUUGAACACAUUUAUUAUGCGAGAACCUUGAUGUGUAUCUGUAUAUUCGUACUUCUAUCAAAUGUGUUAUUCCCAUUUUCUCUCUCUCUCUCUCUCUCUCUCUCUCAGUCUGAUCUGCCUAACCCCACCUUAAACUGAUCACUUUUCCGUUUUCGACCCAGUUUUUCAAUCGCUAUUCGCGCCUCGUCGAGUCAACAGGUGUUUCGGGUUUUCCGCGCCCAUUCGAUAAUUUAUUGACCCAUCCCAUAGUCCCCAUUCUUUCCCUUUUGAUCUUUUUCAAACACCCGCCCGACCCCAACAUACGACCCCCAAAACGCAUCGAGUCUUCGCUGGGAGCAGCUAAUAAUGUCGAUUUUUCUAUUUAAUUUUGUGUCUCGAGUAUCAUGCGGUGCUUGUUGUACCUUUCGAUCAUUGCACUUUAAUUUUACAAAAUAUCAUCAUCGGGUUUGUCGAAUUAUUUAUCAUCAGAUAAAUAAAUAUACACACAGACAAGUGAAGCUAGUAAAGCAAUAAUCGUUAGAAUUCAGAACUGAUGCAGGUGAGUUUCAGUUGACUGCGGUCAGGUUGCGACGAGCAGAUGGAAAAGUACGCGGCACAAUCGAGCAACAGCCAGAUCUCGUGGCUCGUGGCGGUGAUCUUGUGGCGUUAAUCCUAAUUAUUCGUGUUGUAAAAUUUUUAGUUCUCUACGGAUUGGGAUUAAUCCGCUUGAAUCUGUCGACAUUCCAACUGCAAAAACACCUUUUUAAAUAUUGUUCUGUUUAUCCGGUUAUGGCAAGGAAAAAUUGACAGACGGGCAGGAAUUUGGUUUAAACGGCUAAGUACUCUAGAAUGUUUGCAGAAAGUCAAAUCAGCACUGCAAAAAUAGUUGAACGGAGACACUGUUUGAAUAGGGUUAAAUUUGGUCAUCAAAUAUCUGUCUGAUUGGCUAAUCUUCUCUUCUCCCCGCUCCCAUCAUAAAAACUGUUUCAUAUGCAUUAGAAAUCGCUUUCUUUCAGUGUGAAAAUUACGAUGACAAUCACGGCGAAAAGGGUGAAGAUGUGGAAAGUGAGAAGGAAGAGCUGGAUUAUGAUGAAGAGGAAGACGACGAAGAACGAAGAGAGAGAACGAGCCGAUUCACUUCGGAGAAGAAAGGAGGAGCUCGCAUGUCCGAGGAGGGCGAUGAGAACAAAAAGGAGGUGAGCGGAGAGAGCAAAGUAGAAUUAGAUUCAUAUCAUACAGAAAAAAAACUUUCAAAUUUUCAGAAUGGAAGAGCUGGCAUCCCGUCUCUGUUUGACAAGACCAUCACGAACAACCCGAUGAAAAGCGGCGAUCAGCCAAUUGGAGUCCGUCUUCGAAUCGAAGGGGAGCAGGAAAGAGUGUUCUAUCCACCGCCGUCCUUCAUGCUCGAGCCACAGCCAAACAUAGUUCCACGUCUCCCCAAUGGGAUCCCACUCAUCGGGAUGCCUGUCAAUCACGGACGUGCUGGCUUCGGAACGGGUUACCAAGCCCAAGGUCGAAUGGUCGGCGGAGGAGGAGUGCCUGGAAUGCCUCCUGGAGGACAGUGGGACCAGGCGGUCAAUAUGUUUUUGAAUGGAGCCAAUCCGAAUGCAAAGGGGUUUGCUCACCACAGAGGAAAUAGAAAGAGACGCAGCUCUUCGUACUCGUCGGCAUCCAGCUACUCGAGUGGAAGUCGUUCGAGAUCGAGAAGUUCUUCGAGAAGUGAUCGCAAACGAAAAGAUCGGAAGGAAAGAAAGAGAGACGAUCGUGAUAGAAGAGAUGAUAGAAGGGACGAUAGACGCGACAGAAGACGUUACGAUGAUCGCAGACUGGAGAGACAGGAGCAUCAUAGAGAAUCGGAGAGAGAUUCUCGACGCAGAAAGGAGCAAUCGAAGAAUGCGACAAUUGAAAGUGCGAAAGCUCUCGGGUUGUCCAAUGAAUAUAUCGAACGCGUGAAUGAGCAGAAGAGGAGAAGAGACGAGAUCAUUCGGAAGAAGGAGGAACGAAGACAUGCCCCCGUCAGCGAGCGGAAAGAGCCUGUCUCCGCUUCAGUUCACGCUCCACCAGUCUCCGCUCCCGCCGUCACUGCCGCCUCAAAAGAGAAGGUGAAGGCGUUCCUGGCCGUGAAUGUGUCCGGAGUGCAGCAACUUCCCACCGCUUGCAAGAAAAUUGAAGCGAUUGCAAACGAAAUGGGACCAAUCAAGAAGUGCUGGAGAUCUUCCGACGAUGUUGUCUCUAUUAUAUUCAGUGCACACGACAAAGCGAAAGACUUCAUGAUAAAGUACAAUGGGUAAGCGACAUUCUCCUCUGGUUUCUCUUCUAAAGGAACUUUUUUGCAGGAAAGUGCUGUCCGGACUGCGGAUCUCUGUUUCGUUGGAAAAGAAAUUCCUGAAUAUCAACGAAUUCAAUUGA